GUUGUUGAGAAUGAAGCCGGAAAGAAAAUUACUACAACUAUUACUACAACUACUUGUACUAAGAAACUUGAAGAUGAGAAAUAUUAUCAGAUAGGAGAUUCCGAUGCAUCAUUUGCACCGACUAAAGUUUAUCGAGAUGAGAUUGAAGUAGCAA